GUGCGUGCCGCCGUUGAUCCGGUGCUGCAGUGAGGAGGUGGUUCUUACCCGUGUUGUGUGUGAGUGUGUGAGUGAGAGAGCGAGUGAGUGUGUGUGUGUGUGUGUGGAGAUUCAGCUUGGUGUUGUCGGUGACUUCCCCCUCCCCUCCAUCCCUUCCCCUCCCCGCCGCCGCUGCAGUGGCCGCUCCCUGGGCCGUAGGAAAUGAGCGAUAACGAUGACAUCGAGGUGGAGAGCGACGAAGAGCAACCGAGGUUUCAAUCUGCGGCUGACAAACGGGCUCAUCAUAAUGCACUGGAAAGAAAACGUAGGGACCACAUUAAAGACAGCUUUCACAGUUUGCGGGACUCGGUCCCAUCACUCCAAGGAGAGAAGCUCUGUUUCCUCUUUGGGGAACUUUGUGCUCCUCUCCUUCAUGACCGCAGUUUGAUGGGGAAGUGUCACACCUUCAUUUCAAGCUACUUAAAGGGCAUGAGAAAAAAGAACGUUCAAGGUUUGGAAAAUGGUUUGUGUUGACCCUUAAGUAUAUGACUGACUCCUGGUUUAAUUAAACCCCUUGCCAGGCAUGAUAGCUCUGCCUUUUUCUAGUGAUCAACAUAUUGGGUCUGCUGGGAAUAGAGGGAGAGGGCAGGAAGCCUUCAAGGGGCCCCAGGGCUGUGCUGUCUCUGACCACACAGCCUUCCAACCUCUCUUGGCAUUGGUGGGGUUCCACUUUUGAAUGAACUAGUCUAAUGUAGAACCAAAUUUAGUGUGCAAAUUCUUAAUUUUGUUUUCAGAAGAUAGCUUAUUCAAGUAGAAGAGUGUUUUGGCUUUGCUCUAGCCUCCCUUCACCUUUCAUGUGUGUAAUAACUUGUGCAGGUUUUAUCCUCUAGAACAGCGGUUCUUAACCUGUGGGUCGCAACCCCUUUGUAACAAUGAAAAUACAUCACGGCAUUAGGAAGGUUGAGAACCACUGCUCUAGAAUAACUAGUGCAAAAUAAAAUAGGUGCCAGUUGGUGAAUCAGAUAGUAGCUCUCUUUGUCCUCCAGAUACGGUAUUUUUGGUUCUUCAGGAAACACUGCAGCUGUAACAUCAGCCCAGUAGGAUCUGGUUUUGGCUGUGAAGAGAAAAAAUAAUGAAUACAGUUAAUGUUUCUCAAAUCAGCAUUGGGAGCCCAGGGAAGGGCAGUGAUGUUCCUACUGUUGACCAUCUAGUAUUACUAUUCUUUUCCUCAUUUCUCCCCACCAACUUUCUAAAAUAAUUUGGAUUUUUUUUUUUUUUUUUUGAGACUAGGUGUCAUUAUGUUGCCCAGGCUAGUGUUUAGCUCCUAGGCUCAGGCCACCCUUCCACUUCCUCCUCCCUAGCAGUUGGGAUUACAGGCACAUGCCACCGUGCCUAGUGAUACAACUUGGAAUUAUAGACAAGUCCAAGUUACUGUAGUAAGAUUUACAACUCCAGAAAUGUUUGGAACUCUUGCCUUAUAUAUGAAAAUUUUUGAGAGCCAUUGCCUUAAAUGAGAUUUAUUAACCUUGGACUUCAUCAUUGUAAACCAAUUCAGGAGUCAUUUGGGACCUUAAAAGGUUCUAAUUAGAAUCAAACUCUCUGGGUUUGAGAUCUUUUAUGAGAUAUGUAGUCAACUCUUGUGGUGAUAUGUGGAUGGCCUCUGUUCAAGAGCAGAGGUCUAUGAAGUGCGUGCCUUUGGAGGAAGGGUUGACUUUCCCCUCUGUGUCCUUGCUGUGACCAGAAGGAUCCUAACAAGCCCAGCAGGUACAGUAGAAGGGGCUCCUGCCUGGGCCCUUUCCCACACCCCGGGUCUUCUCCAUUGUCCAUUUUGCUUUUACUCUUCUAGACUGCCAAGAAGUAAUGAGGCUGGCAGCACUGUGCGAAGCUGACUUAGCCCAGGGCAAGUACAGUCAGUUCUCUCAAGCUAGCUUGCAUCUUUAGGCUUUUUCUCUCAGUCUGUUUCUGUGAGAAACUUGUCUUUAAAAGACAAAAACAGUCUUCAGCUCACUCUUGCACCUGGUACGUGUGGGGAGACAAUUUACCCCUUUGGUAAACUUCUCCAAGGAAACCACCUUCGCUAGGGUCUUCUAUUGACAUCCUUGUAGGCAAAUCAGGUGAUUCUUUCAUAGUCCUUUCCUCCCUGCAGUUUUCUUAAUCUUUUUAAUUCUUUUUAAUCUUUUUAAUUCUGUAGCCUGUGUUCCCCCAAAAGGGCGUUGUGGUGGCUCGGUGCCUGUAGCUCAGCGGCUAGGGCACCAGCCACAUACACAGGAGCUGGCAGGUUCGAACCCGGCUCUGGACUGCCAAACAGCAAUGACAAGUACAACCAAAAAAUAGCUGGGCAUUGUGGCGGGCGCCUGUAGUCCCAACUACUCAGGAGGCUGAGGCAAGAGAAUCGCUUAAGCCCGAGAUUUUGAGGUUGCUGUGAAUUGUAACACCAUAGCACUCUACCCAGGGUGUGACAUAGUGAGACUGUCUCAAAAAAAAGAGGUGUUGUGGAGUCCUGGGUUCAAUUUAUGACUCUACUUCCUACUGGUUACAUAGCAUUAAGUUACCGCUCUGCUUUAGUGUUCUCAUUUAUAAAGUAGGAAAAAUAAUAUAUCAGAAGAUUGUGCGAAGAUGCCUGGCACUUACUAAGUACUCAAUAAGUGUUAGCUGCUGCCACUAUUAUCAUUGUAAUUGUCAUAAUCUCUAUUGCUAUGGAACAGAUCCUGGCAAGGCUUCCAGGCAUCCUUCUGUGUAGAUCCCAGAGGUGAACCAGAGAUCUGAGGAGUCACUUUGCAUUCACUCAUACAGCAGUAUUCACAUAGGAGGCCCAGCUAUCUCUUGGGUCCCAUCAGCCACAGUCCAUCCUAUCUUAGGAUGGCAUCCAAAGCAAAGAGAGCCAUUUUUGCUCAGAAAGGCAAAAUCAGAAUUAACACCUUCAGAUUGUAAAUACCAGCAGAGAAAAAAUAUCCAGGUUCUUACUGAAUACGCAGAGGCAACACUUGAUCUGUGGACAUGUUGAAUUACCAAGUAUCUAUCUGGUCAGUCACAUUCACGUGAUGGUUGUCAUUUGACUCAGCUGAUAGGAGCAUAUUUAGGAAACAGAAACCGAAAGCCCAUGGCUGUUCCAUAGUCCAUGCCAUAAAUCCUAGGGCUUCAUGUUUGCUGGUCACAUAUUAUAAACUCAUAAAGGCAAGGAAGAGCCUGCCCACACCUUAAUGCUGUGGUGGAUCACAUGAUCUUAUGUGGUUUAGAAAAAUGGGGGGAGGGGAUUUUAGAUGAGUCUAGCAUUUUUAGUUUCUUUCCUUUUUCUUCCCUGGACUAUAUGCACAUGGAGAUUUGGAGGAAUGCUAUAUUUUGUGCUUGAAAUUUUUUCUUGUUGGAUUUUAAUUCUUACUGAGUACUCUGGGAAGGGUAAAUAAAGUUAACACUGUUCUCUUUUGAUGGUCAGAGACACCCCGAGUGACCUGAGGCACGGCUUUUCAGCAGUGGUUGGAGAAAGCCACUCUGGGUGGCUCAUGCUGGGUUUAACCCAACCCUCCCUCCUUUGGGAACAUUUGUUUCCAACAUACUCUAUAUUCUGAGCAUCCAUGUGAGUUUUAUCUUCACACAAAAGUACCCGAAAGUGGAAACUGCUUCCACUUGCAGGAUCUUUUUCCCACAGCUCAUUUUGCUGUGCUUAUUGCUCACUUUUUACUUCUUUUUUUUUUUAGAGACAGAGUCUCACUUUGUCACCCUUGGUAGAGUGUGGUGGGCUUCACAGCUCACAGCAACCGCCAGCUCUUAGGCUUAGCCAAUUCUCUUGCCUCAGCCUCCUGAGUAGCUGGGACUACAGGCGCUCACCACAAUGCCCGGCUAUUUUUUUGUUGUAGGUUGGCCAGGGCCAGGUUCAAACCCCCUACCCUCGGUAUAUGGGGCCAGGGCCCUACUCACUGAGCCACAGGCCACUGGCGCUCCCCCCCCCCCUUUUACUUCUUGAUUAUUUCAUGGUUUCAUAUGUAAAUAUUUGAAGAAAACACUGGUAACACAAAGGCCACUCUCAGUCUGAUCAUUCAUUAACAAUUAUCACUGUAUAUUUGGAAAUGCUGUUUUCCCUUUGUCCCAGAUGCACAUGAGUAGUUAAGAACUAAUGUUGCCUUCUGAGAACUGUUACUUGAAAAAAUAGCUUUAAAAUAGGCAAAUUUAUAGAGAGCUUGGGAUGUAUAUGUGCAUGGCAGUUACACCAGUGAUGCAAGGGGUAGAAUUUGGAGGGCCAAGUGCAGUCUUAGAGAGUAUCUAGUCAGAUAAGGAGUAGCCGUGGGGAGAAAUGUUGUACCUACAGUCUCAGAACCUAGUAAUGACUAAAGUAUAGAGCAUAGCUCUGUCUCCUGAAUUCCCCAAUUCUUGCUACUCUACUGCCUUUCAUACAAUACUAAUCAUUUUUAAUUCUAUCUCUAGUGUCCAGAGAAACAAGGUAUUUUGAUUAGACUCCUUCUCAUUUAUAAGCCCCUUUCCCCAUUUUAUCACCUAAUAAUUAGACCCUAAGGCUCAUUUGCAGAAAUGGGAAACAGCAUCUGAAGUAUCCAUUGCUUAGUACUCUCAUUCCUCCCGCAUAAGAUGACUUGCUCACUGAAGAAACAUACCCGGCUUUGCCUUAACCCAAGCCUGUUCUGUUCUCUCUACUCAGAGUGACCUUUUCCCAUAACCUGUAUCUUGGUCUCAUGCAGAGUUCACUCCUUCAGGUAGGGGUUUGUGUGCAUGUGUGUGUAGUGCCCAGGCCAGUCCUGGCACGGUAGGUAAUCCCCCUUGCCAGAAGCCAUCUUUCCUGGCCUUUCUAAUCUGUACUAGUCAGAUUACACUUGUCACUGCUGCCCUGUGAUUUGUCUGUAUAUAGGUAUAUUUAUCUCCUCAGACAGAUGGAUAGCAAGUAAGCUUCUGUGCAAAGAAGCCAUGACUAAUACAUUUUGUUUCCCCCCCAGUGUCUGCCUAGUACCAUGCACAUAAUUUGUACCAGAUAAAAAUGGUUGAUUGACUUUGCAGGAUUUCCUCUUAAGGAAAUUGCUUUAAAGGUGCUCGCUGUAAGAAGAAAGCCUGGAAAUUCUAAUACUUGCAAGAACUGGCAAAUAAAGUCUUUCUGAUAGCCUCUCUGAUAGACUCUGAGGUCUGUAAAUGGAGAUGGUUAGGAUUUAAUAUGACUACAUCUGGUUUGCCAGCCUGAGUAUGGAUGUAUUCUUUGCCUUUCUCCCCUGUUGUGUUCUGGUUGUUUAGGACCCACAAGACGCUAUAAUACAGAAUUGUCAAGUACACUUUACCCUGAGUGAGAAGCUUUUCUGCUGCUCAGUAGCCUCUGUGGCAUGAAUGUGAGACUUUUAACUAGUAGACUACCCUGCCUCAGGCUUGUUUUUUGGCUUUUUAUCAUUUACCACUUUGUCUGGCUAUAAGAAACUCUGACCAUGUUUGCAGCCUGGAGGGAAUCUCACAGACAAGUUUGACUUCCAAGAGCACAGUCACCUGACAUACAUGCUGCUGACUUCCUGUCUUCUGACAGGGGAGUGCCCAGUCUACCCACAGCCAUUGGAGAGGUGUGGCUGCUUCCUGAAAUGGCCCAAUCUCAUGGCCUUCCUGUGUUGACAUCUAGCAUUGAUAGCUUUCAUGAAAGUCUCUUUGCUCAGGAGGCUGAAAUAGUGACACAGCAGCAUCGUUCAGUGGGAAAUAGUUAACAAAAGUUGAGAGUUUGACUGAAAUCUAGAACCUUGAUGAAAAAAACUUUGUACCCUGGGUACCUGUAGCUUGGUGGUUAGGGCACUGGCUGCAUGCUUCAGGGCUGGUGGGUUCGAACCUGGCCCAGGGUUGCUAAACAAAACAAACAAACAAAAAAAUAGGGACGAUGCCUGUGGCUCAGAGGAGUAGGGCACUGGCCCAUAUACCGGAGGUGUCGGGUUCAAACCCAGCCCCUGCCAAGAAACUGCAAAAAAAAAAAAAUAGGCUCAGCACCUGUAGCACACUGGUUACAGCACCAGCCACAUACACCAAGGCUGGCAGGUUCUAACCCGGCCCAGGCCAACUAAAACAACAGUGACAACUGCAAUAAAAAAUAGCCGGCGGCGCCUGUGGCUCAACGGAGUAGGGUGCUGGCCCCAUGUGCUGGAGGUGGCGGGUUCAAACCCAGCCCCAGCCAAAAACUGCAAAAAAACAAAACAAAACAAAAAAUAGCCGGGCAUUGUGGUGGGUGCCUGUAGUCCCAACCACUUGGGAGACUGAGGCAAGAGAAUCACUUAAGCCCAAGAGUUUGAGGUUGCAGUGAGCUGUGAUGCCACGGGGUACUGUACCCAGGGUGACAAAGUGAGACUCUGUCUCAAUAAGAAAAAAAAAAAAAAAAAAACAAAAACUUUGUACCCACUCCCAUCCCAUGCCAGCUGCAACUGAGAUCUUGCUCUUGUCUUUCUAAACCAUCUCCCUCAAGCCAGGCCCUAGCAAAGUGAGUGGCCUGAGCUUUCAUUUAAGUAGUAUUUUAAUGUUUUCAGAUACAGCCAAGCCAAAGACUUUAAAGCAACCUAAAGAAACAAAGGGGAUGGGAGGAGUAUAGUUCAGGAGUCAGAUGGAUUUGAGUUUAUUUAAAUCUAGGCUCUGCCACUGCCUAGCUGACAGGGUACUUCUCUGAGCCUCAGGUUGUUGGUAGAGCUACCUCUGAGGCUGAACUUGCAAGGGCUGCUCUGGAAAGCACUUGGCACUUUGUCUAGUACAGAGAAGUCCUUAAAUACCCGUUACUCUUGAUUUCCUCAGCCUUUUCUACCUUGGCCUCCUGUUUCCAGCCACCGAAGCUGCUGUUGCAGAAAAACAAUGUUCCCUCACUCCCUGGAUUUGGUCUUUAUUUUAUCCUCUGCUUUUCCUCAUA